AAAGGCGAAUUGCAGGCUCUCUCUCUGAGCACCAUUAUGGAUUGAAAGAGGAAGAGGGGAAGCCUGCCAUGACAAAGCCAGCUGGAGGUGGGAGAGUCUGAACACGACACACGCAGACACACUCGUGCACACACACUGCCUUUGUCUCUGAUUUUUUUUUUUCUCAAUUGAAGGAGCAGAUGGUUAGAGGGAGAGUAGGAUCCCCCCCUACGCACACACACACAUGCACUAACUGACACACAAAUACACGCUCAGCAGCAAAACACCACAGCCAGCUAGAGGACUGUUGUUGACUGCAUGGAGCUGAACUCACUUUGUUUGGGAAGCACAUCUUUGCUUUCUAUACUGGGGAGGAAAACCCACUGCAAGAUCAGAGGACUGGAGGAGGAGACAACAGAGGAGAGGGGGAUGAGACUUGUGAAAAUCCUCUGUUAAAAAAAAAGCAGCUUUGGGAGGAAGACAAAGCACACACUAAUGCCAGAUAAUUACCUUCAUUGGACGAGGACUGUCAUUUUGAGCAGUGGAUGUCAUUGAAUUUGGUGAGGGGACGACACUGCAGACGCAAAGUGAAGUCAAGGAGGCCUUUUUCUGCUGGAAAUUGAUGACAUCAUUCUCACUGGGAGGAGCACAUGAGGUCUUCAGUCCCGGUCCAAAGCCCAGUCCCAAAUCUCCCAAUCUUUACACGGAGUGGUUAAUCCAGAUUUGGGAAUGCUGGGCAGCACAGACUGCUGAGCCAACAAAACCGCACCUCCCGAGGAUUUGUGGAAUCUGAGCAAAUCUGAAAAUCUUAAUGGUUGUUUUUGGAGGAGCUGACAUAGCCCAGCAAGAGAGAGAUCCAAAAUCAGAGUGACUGAAUCCAGCCUCCAAAACAGAUUCAGUGUCCGGAGCUCCGGCCCACGAGCUUGGCUCCUCUCCAGCCUUCUCCUGACAGGGCCCGAAUUUACUGCUGCUGCACUGGGAGUCAAAUUUCAUGCAACCAUUCCAAUGGUGUAACGGAUGCCUGUGUGGUUUGGGUUCUCAGCGCUCUGAACACUACUGCAGCAUGACGUCUGACAUCUAUCACCUCCCGCUCAAUGUGUAUGUCAUUGUGCUGGGCAUCGGCCUCUUCGUCUUCAUGCUCAGCCUCAUCUUCUGCUGCUAUCUUUUCAGGUUGAAACAACAAGGAACGAGGGAGCAGUUCAGCUACAAUGAGGUGGUGCUGAAGGGCGCAAGCAAGAAACUGAGCCUCCUAGGACAAACCUGUGCAGUGUGUCUGGAAGAAUUCAGGACCAGAGACGAACUGGGAGUGUGCCCAUGCUCACAUGCAUUUCACAAGAAGUGCCUGCUUAAGUGGCUGGAGAUCCGCAGCGUGUGCCCCAUGUGUAACAAACCCAUCCUCCGGCUCCACACAGACGCUCCCCAGGGUGCCGAGGGUCCAAUGGAUCCGGAGGAGGUGUGAGGGAGCUGAGCAAGAGGAAACCGGACUCCCCUUACAAGAAAACACACACAUUAAAUACACUAGGGAUGAUGGACAGCGGUCAUCUUAAAGACAUCUCACAGGAAAUGUUGAUAAUGAUCCCAAGUGGCCGCCCUGCUGCUGACCUUUGAGCAAUACGCCUUGAUGGGAAUUGGAUAUUGACAGCACCAAAAUGAUUUGGUCAGGGAGUGGGUGGAUGAAUAGGAUCUUUUCAUAAAAAAUGCUCCUAGUUCUACUUCCAUAUUGCACUGUUCACCAAAAAAAACAAAAAAAAAACAUGACAGGACAGGAAAAGGAGCCACAUUAGAGAGCAGGAUAUCAUUGCCACAGUCACUGGACGACUAGUGCAGCACUGCCAGAGACAAACAACACUACAGGCAUUGAGCAGGACAUCAGAGUACAGGAUCAGUAUGGAUACCUCUAAUAUCUCAGGGGUGUUACCAAUACAGCCAGCACAAACCAUGUCAGUCACCCUAUAACCCUGUGCCACACAUGCAUCUUCAAUACUGCCAAUGUAGGUGAAAUGCUCCAGCAGUCAGAGGCAGCCACCACCUCCGGCUGGAAAAACCAAGACCAGCGGGAUUACAACCAUGACGAUUUAAGUAGAAAAUAUUGAUAUCGAUUGUGUUCCAUGCCCUUUCCUUUUAAAAAGAGACUGAUAGAAAAAUAGUCUUGCCUGUAUGUAUUGUAUGUAAACAUGUCCCUAUAUAUUGUUAUUUUGUAUUUGUUGCUUUUAAAUAAAACGUCACGUAAUGUAUU